GGCGGUUGCUGGGAAACCGCGUGGACACCAGAGAGCCCUACUGGUGUUUGGGUUUUCUGCUGGAGGUUGUAGCCGCCCGAGAGGGAGAAAGGGAGUUUAGUCUACCGAGAUGGUUUCCAAAAGGAGAGCUUUGAAUUUCAGUGAAAGGCAUCAGAAUUUAGUAGAUAUAAACUAUUGCAAAAAAUUGCAGGUCGAGGCACUACAAAGGCUACAGAAUCAAACCAGGGACCGAAUGGUGCAGAGUGAGAAUGAUGACAGGGCUGAGCGCAAAAGGUUCCUCAGAUUAUUACAGGAUGAACAAUUUGAGUUGGAUAUGGAAGAGGCCAUUCAAAAGGCAGAAGAAAACAAAAGAUUGAGGGAACUCCAGCUUGAACAAGAAGAAAAAUUGGCUACGGAACUGGCAAAACUAAAACGUGAAAGUCUAAAGGAUGAAAAGUUGAGGCAACAAGUAAGAGAAAACAGUGCUGAGCUCAGAGAAUUGGAGAAGAAAUUAAAAGCAGCUUACAUGAAUAAAGAAAGAGCAGCUCAAAUUGCUGAAAAGGAUGCCAUUAAAUAUGAGCAAAUGAAACGUGAUGCUGAAAUAGCCAGAACUAUGAUGGAAGAGCACGAGAGGUCGAUAAAGGAAGAGAAUGCUGCAGAGGACAAACGAAACAGAGUAAAAGCACAGUACAAUCAUGACUUAGAGAAACAACUUGAAGAACAAGAGAAGAAGAAGCAGGAAGCUUAUGAGCAGUUGCUGAAAGAGAAACUCAUGAUUGAUGAAAUUGUUAGGAAAAUCUAUGAAGAAGAUCAACUGGAAAGACAGCAAAGGUUAGAGAAAAUGAAUACAACUCGAAGGUAUAUAGAAGAGUUUCAGAAAGAGCAGGCUCUCUGGAGAAAAAAGAAACGUGAGGAGAUGGAAGAAGAAAAUAGAAAAAUAAUAGAGUUCGCCAAGUUGCAGCAACAAAGAGAAGAAGAUCGAAUGGCGAAAGUUCGAGAAAGUGAAGGAAAAAGACUACAGCUUCAAAAUAUGCUGACUCAGAGGUUGGAAGAAAUGCUGCGGCAACGUGAGGAUUUAGAACAAGUGCGACAGGAGUUAUACCAGGAAGAACAAGCUGAAAUACAUAAGAAGAAACUAGAAGAAGAAGCAGAAGAGAAAUUGAGAAAGCAAAAGGAGUUGAAGCAAGAUUUUAUGGACCAAAUGGCCUUGAAGGAAUUAAUACUUCAGGCUGCAAAAGAAGAAGAGGAGACUUUUAGGAAAGCUAUGCUGGCGAAAUUUGCUGAGGAUGAUCGAAUAGAAUUAAUGAAUGCUCAGAAGCAAAGAAUGAAGCAACUAGAACACAAGAGGGCCGUGGAAAAACUUAUAGAAGAGCGCCGCAACCAGUUCCUUGCAGACAAACAACGUGAACUGCAGGAAUGGCAGUGGCAGCAAAGAAGACAAGGAUGUAUAAAUGCAAUUGUCGAAGAAGAAAGACUAAAACUUCUCAAAGAACAUGCUACAAAACUACUAGGGUAUCUCCCUAAAGGAGUAUUCAAAAAUGAGGAUGAUAUUGAUAUGCUUGGUGAAGAGUUUAGAAAAGCAUAUCAGAAAAGGAGUGAAAUUUGUGAGAAGUGAUACCAUCAAGAUUUGGUAAAACCUGGGUUCUUUUGUAUGUUACCACUAGGUGUCAGUGUAACUUUUGUUUUAGAGUUCAGUGAGUAGGACUCCCAUUGUCUCUGGAUUUUCUAAAAUUUCUGUAAUUUAUCAUUUAUAAACAAUCAGUUUUAAGAAAACAUUUGUUUUCUGAUAAAGAGUAUUAUAUGCAAGUUUGCUUUCAAUCACUAUUGUUUUUGUACUGAUAAAAUUGAAGAUCUGAAUUCUAUACCACAUUCCAUAUAUUGAAUUGGCCAAAAAGU